AACCUGGAGAUUUAAAAGCCGCCGGCUGGCGCGCGUGAGGGGGAGAGGAGGGUGACGAGCUGGCACGCGCCGGUCCCCCGGUGACAGCCGCUCGCCUCGGCCAGGAUCUGAGUGAUGAGAUGUGUCCUCACCGAGGCGUCCCACGGCAACAGGUGUUUAGCACAGGCUGAGAAGCUGGACCUGCACCAGAGGACUGGCAGAAAUGGGCACUUGGCUGAAUCCUAGGCAGUCGGUGGCAACGAGAAGGAGAGGCCUCGGGUCCUGGAGCAGGGUUGAGACAAAGCAAUUCUGGAGUGCAUGAACAGCCCCCAGAGCCCUACCUGCCUGGCCCACCAUGGUCCAGAGGCUGUGGGUGAGCCGCCUGCUGCGGCAUCGGAAGGCCCAGCUCCUGCUGGUCAACCUGCUGACCUUUGGCCUGGAGGUGUGCCUGGCCGCAGGCAUCACCUACGUGCCACCCCUGCUGCUGGAAGUGGGGGUGGAGGAGAAGUUCAUGACCAUGGUGCUGGGUAUCGGUCCAGUGCUGGGCCUGGUCUCCGUCCCGCUCCUAGGCUCAGCCAGUGACCACUGGCGUGGGCGCUAUGGCCGCCGGAGGCCCUUCAUCUGGGUCCUGUCCAUGGGUGUCCUGCUGAGCCUCUUUCUUAUCCCGAGGGCCGGCUGGCUGGCGGGGCUGCUGUGCCCGGAUACCAGGCCCCUGGAGUUGGCACUGCUGAUCCUGGGUGUGGGGCUGCUGGACUUCUGUGGCCAAGUGUGCUUCACUCCACUGGAGGCCCUGCUCUCUGACCUCUUCCGGGACCCAGACCACUGUCGCCAGGCCUUCUCUGUCUACGCCUUCAUGAUCAGCCUUGGGGGCUGCCUGGGCUACCUCCUACCUGCCAUUGACUGGGACGCCAGUGCCCUGGCCCCCUACCUGGGUACCCAGGAGGAGUGCCUCUUCGGCUUGCUCACCGUCAUCUUCCUCACCUGCAUGGUGGCCACACUAUUUGUGGCUGAGGAGGCAGCACUGGGCCCGGCCGAGCCAGCAGAAGGGCUGUCAGUCCCCUCCGUACCACCCCGCUGCUGCCCCUGCCGUGCCCGCCUGGCUUUCUGGAACCUGGGUGCCCUGUUUCCCUGGCUGCACCAGCUCUGCUGCCGUGUGCCUCAUACCCUGCGCCGACUCUUUGUAGCUGAGCUGUGCAGCUGGAUGGCUCUCAUGACCUUCACACUCUUUUACACGGACUUCGUGGGCGAGGGGCUGUACCAGGGUGUGCCCAGAGCUGAGCCAGGCACCGAGGCCCGGAGACACUAUGACGAAGGCAUUCGGAUGGGCAGCCUGGGGCUGUUCCUGCAGUGUGCCAUCUCCCUGGUCUUCUCUCUGGUCAUGGACCGGCUGGUGCAGAGAUUCGGCACCCGGGCAGUCUACCUGGCCAGUGUGGUGGCUUUCCCUGUGGCUGCUGGUGCCACAUGCCUGUCCCGCAGCGUGGCUGUGGUGACGGUCUCUGCCGCCCUCACCGGGUUCACCUUCUCGGCCCUGCAGAUUCUGCCCUACACACUGGCCUCGCUCUACCACCGUGAGAAGCAGGUGUUCCUGCCCAAAUACCGAGGAGAUGCUGGAGGUAGUGGCAGUGAGGACAGCCUGACGACCAGCUUCAUGCUAGGCCCUAAGUCUGGAGCUCCCUUCCCCAAUGGACAUAUGAGUGCCGGAGGCAGCAGUCUGCUCCCAUCUCCACCCGCGCUCUGUGGGACCUCUGCCUGUGAAGUCUCCAUGCGUGUGGUGGUGGGUGAGCCAACAGAGGCCAGGGUCAUUCCAGGUCGGGGCAUCUGCCUGGACCUUGCCAUCCUGGACAGUGCCUUCCUGUUGUCCCAGGUGGCCCCGUCCCUGUUUAUGGGCUCCAUCGUCCAGCUCAGCCAGUCUGUCACUGCCUAUAUGGUAUCAGCUGCAGGCCUGGGUCUGGUCGCCAUUUACUUUGCUACACGGGUAGUAUUUGACAAGAGCGACUUGGCCAAAUACUCGGUGUAGAAUACUUCUGACUCACUGAGGGGAGGGCCUGCCUCAUUGGGUCCCAGCUCCCCAUUCCAGUCUCCAGUUAGCCCUAUAGGGCUUCUGGGCUGGCCUUCCAGUUUCUGUUGCUGCCAAAGUGGUGUGGCUCUCUGCUGCCACUCGGUGGUGGUGAGGUGCAUAGCUGCACAGGUCGGGGACUGGGGCUCCCUUCUACCUAGUCUCUAGGGCUGACGACUGGUGGCUUUCAAGUGGGUUUCAGUCUGGACUUCUACAGGGAGGCCAAAAGGGCAGGACAUUUGAUUAGCUCCAUGCACUGGAAUGCAGGACCCUGCAGGUGGAAUACCCAGGCUCAGGGUUAGCAGCUAGUGUCUUAAUUGACACAUAUCCCUUCUCUGAGCUUUUGGGAGCAGAAUAAAUUCAGCCAUCUAUCUCUAUCCUGCAGGAUCCCCCCAACGUUGCUCUUGUGUGAGAGUUUCUAGUGUGAAACUCUCCUCCACAGAAUUUGAACGUAUGAACGUUAUUUUGGGGGGACAAGUCCUGAGGGGCAAGGUGAAGCUCCCUUGGUCCACGCACUGCCUUUCUGCUGAUCCCUUCAGCUCCACCUUUUAUGAGGACAUGGCUCGUUGGUCCCUGUGUUGCCGUCAUGGGAACACAGGACUUUAAAUAUUUAACUUAUUUAUUUAACAAAGUAGAAGGGAAUCCUUUGCCAGCUUUUCUGUGUCAGUGUCUAGGAAUUGGGUAAGGUGGGGUCCCCAGCAACCAGGUCCCCUGAGAUAGCUGGUCAUUGGGCUGAGUACUGCCAGAAUCCCUUUCUCCUGGGGUGAUUGGUCUGGCCCCUGAAGCUGCCUAACCCAAGACCUUGGAUGCUGUAUUCACCCCAAUGAGUAUUUCAAAUGCUGUUACCCAAGGCUGGGGGGUUGAGGGAAGGUGGGGGUGGGGCUUCAGGUCUCAGCACCUUCCCUCACCUCCCUAUUCUCCUGGCCCAGCCUGGUUCCCCUCAUUCCCUUUUGCCCACCUCUAGGCCUGGGCUAAUGAAGGCACUGCCCUCCCAUCCCUCCCCCCAACUUUCCCCACUGGCUCCACAACCUCUCUUUGGGGCUAUUGCAGGACCAGAAGCACAAAGUGUGAUUCCUCAAGCUUUUGUCCAUCUCAGCCCCUAGGGUGUAUCUGUGUUUGGGGAAUCUCACACAGAAACUCAGGAGCACCCCCUGCCUGAGCUCAGGAGGUCUUAUCUCUUGGGGGGUUUAAGUGCCAUUUGCAAUAAUGUUAUGUCUUAUUUAUUUAGUGGAGUAAAUAUUUUAUACUGUAUGUGAGCAAUCAAAGUAUAAUGUUUACGGUAAUGAAAUUAAAGGCUUCUUAUAUGUUUAA